GAAGCGUCUGUCCAGGCGACUAAAACACUAUGGGUAGGGGUCGGAGCUGAGGCUGCGCGGGGUGGGCUGAGCAGGAGCCGGAUCCCGGGCCCGGCAGGGCUGACCGCUACCAUGUCCACCCAGAGACUUCGGGAUGAAGACUAUCAUGACUACAGUUCCACCGAUGGGAGCCCCGAGGAGAGCCCAUCUGAAGGCCUGGGUGGCUUCUCCUCCGGCUCCUACCAGCGCUUGGGGGAGAACAAUAGCACAACAUGGUUCCAGACCUUGAUCCACAUGCUAAAAGGCAACAUUGGCACCGGACUCCUGGGGCUGCCCCUGGCAGUGAAAAAUGCAGGCCUCUUGUUGGGUCCUGUGAGCCUGUUGGCGAUUGGCAUCGUGGCGGUGCACUGCAUGGCUAUCCUGGUGAAAUGUGCUCGUCAUUUAUGCCACAGACUGAACAAACCCUUUUUGGACUAUGGUGACACAGUGAAGUACGGACUAGAAUGCAGCCCCAGCGCCUGGGUCCGGAACCACUCCCACUGGGGAAGGCAUCUUGUGGACUUUUUCCUCAUCAUCACUCAGUUGGGAUUCUGCUGCGUCUACUUCGUGUUUUUGGCUGACAACUUUAAACAGGUGAUAGAGGCAGCCAACGGGACCACCACCAACUGCGAAGACAAUGAGACUGUGAUCCUGACGCCCACCAUGGACUCUCGCCUCUACAUGCUCAUCUUCCUGCCCUUCUUUGUGCUUCUGACUUUCGUCAGGAAGCUGCGUAUCCUGUCCAUCUUCUCCCUGCUGGCCAACAUCACCAUGCUGAUCAGCCUGGUCAUGAUAUACCAAUUCAUUGUUCAGAAUAUCCCAGACCCCAGCGACCUCCCCUUGGUGGCACCAUGGAAGACCUUUCCUCUCUUUUUUGGCACGGCGGUUUUUGCUUUUGAAGGCAUUGGAGUGGUUCUACCCCUUGAGAACAAAAUGAAGGACUCAGAGAAGUUCCCGUUUAUCAUGUAUUUGGGGAUGGUCAUAGUCACCAUGCUCUACAUCAGCCUGGGAACCCUGGGGUAUCUGCAGUUUGGAGCUAAUAUCAAGGGUAGCAUCACACUCAACAUGCCCAACUGCUGGUUGUACCAGUCGGUGAAGCUGCUGUACUCCAUAGGCAUCCUCUUCACCUACGCUAUCCAGUUCUAUGUGGCGGCCGAAAUCAUCAUCCCGCCCAUUGUGUUCCGAGUGCCUGAGCACUACAAGCUAACGGUGGACCUCCUCGUGCGCACCGCAAUGGUCUCUGUGACGUGUGUUCUGGCCGUCCUCAUCCCACGUCUGGAUGUGGUCAUCUCUCUGGUGGGCUCCGUGAGCAGCAGCGCCCUGGCCCUCAUCAUCCCGCCCCUGCUGGAGCUGACCACCUACUACGAGGAGGGCUUGAGACCCCUGACCAUCAUCAAGGAUGUCCUCAUCAGCAUCCUGGGCCUCCUGGGCUUCCUGGUGGGGACCUAUGAGUCUCUGAAUGAGCUGAUCUAUCCAACCCAUGCUGACAUCUUUUCCAAUUUCACCAGUGCCUUCAUAUAAGGAUCUGGGUGUGUUCCCUGCACCUGCCCAGCCCCAGCCUCAUGUGUCUCCCAGUAGUGUCCCCACAUCCUCAUGUAUGGUUCAAGCCUCUGGACAAAGGCAGCGCUGCUGCCCGGGCACUUCUCUAGCUGACAUUGGGCCCUUGGGUAACCUGGGCCAGAUGAGGCUGACUUUUGCAGGGGAGAGGAGAGCAGGCAGUCCACUUGUGAGGGUGUAGCCACUGCUUUCCUUCAUCACACCUCCUCCCUCGGCAUUGGCCUCCCUCCUCUGACUUGCCCUUACCUAAAUCAUUCCCAUCGCGCAGCUCACUUUAUUUAAAAAGUAGUGUCCCGCUCCUGAUCUUUUCUCCUUUCCAGGGCCAGGCCUAGAUUGAAUUAAGUGGGGACUCUUUCCGUUUUACAAAGCCAGGCCUCUUAUUAAGCUGCCAGAUGCCGUACCUCUGUAACCGCCCAGCCGAGCCCCAAGAGGCUGCUGGGCCUCCUUGUAGUUUACAGCCAGCCCAGAAAGCUGAAGGUUUCCAUCUACUGUCUGGCUUGGGUGAACCUGCGGGCCUCAGCCACCUCUUUAUUCAUUUUCUCUGUGUAGUUCACAGUCUUUUAUUCCUUGAUUCCUUUAGCUCUUAAAGAUAAUAAGAUGCUGCCCAGAUUGGAGGUAUUUCUUAGUUUAUCUAAGCUUAGGUUCCGGGCUCUGACUUCAGGCCUGGCAUCAUGGAGGAUUACUUUUCCAUCAGCAACUUGCACUUGGCUUCUCCUGCCACAAAGAAACCUAUUCCAGGGGACCAUGGCAUAUACCCUCCACACUCUUGGCUGAAUGGCCAGAGGCCAUUCUUUUUGUUUGUUUGUUUGUUUGUUUUUGUUUGUUGUUUGUUGUUUGUUUGUGUUUUGAGACAGGGUCUCAUGUCACCAAAGUUGGCUUUGAACUUCCUAUGUAGUCCAGGAUGACCUUGAACUUCUGGUUUUCCUGUCUCUGCCUCAAGUUCUGAGAUUACUAGCAUGGGCUGCCACAGCCAGCUGGCUCAAAGAUCUUAAGCAGAUCACACGAACAGGCACCACCUCUGGGAGAUCCAUGCAGGCAUGGAUUUCCAUCCAUGAGACUGAAUCCACUUGGGCAUUCGGAAGUUCUUUUGUGGUGCACUAGGCUGAGGGCUGGGGCUCGGGUUGACUUCCUCUUCAUAGACACUACACACAAGGGUCGUUGUUUACAGUUCCUGGGGAGAGAGCAGAAGCCUUGCCUUGCCCGCAAGCUGCCUCCGCAUCCUGGGCUUCCAAGGAACCACUAAACAUUAACUGUGACCCAUAUCUGUCCCCUAUCAUGCCUCCCAUAGAGUUGUCUGGCUUCUCGGUCAGUCACCUCAGGGUGGUCCUUUAGAGGCAGCUGAGAAAGUCUGUGGCUUGCCGCUGGCUCUCCUGUCGAGUAAGGAUUUCUAAAGGGCAGUCAUUAGCUCCCCAUCUCUGAGUUUGUGUGUGUGUGUGUGUGUGUGUGUGUGUGUGUGUGUGUGUGAAUGUGCACAUGUGUGCAUGCAGACAUUCACACGUGACCGAGAGGUGUGUGCCUCCUCCAUUCUGGUUACCGGGCUCUUACCUAGAAAUAGGAUUUGCCUUGAGCCUUGGUUCAGAGAAAGAAGCAAGAAUUUAUCAGGGUCUUGCUUUUGUGUUUGACAGAAGCUAGAAGGGCUGUGGCCCAACCUUGCAGCCAAGCCCUUUCCUGCUGUGUGACUUCCACCUCUGGAGAUGGGAAGGCUGGCCUCUGGCUACAGCAGCAGCUGGCCUAGGAGGAGGCAUUGUUGUCUUGCUGCUCUUUAGCCCCUAGGAGAGCAGUGCUUUUUACUCUUUGUUGCCUCAGCCUACCCACAGGUGCUUUAUGUGACCAGGGCUCACAGAGGCCUUGCUUUCUGAGGUCUCAGGCUGGAAAAUGACCAAAGUAGGUUCUGAUGCUGGCUACAACCCAACUGUGCUUGAGGUUCUCUCCUAGAGGCCACCUGGGCAUGGCUUCCUGGUUGUAUUCAGAACUGUUAGAGGCACCCCUAUUCAGGUGGCUUUGGAGGUCGAGACCCAGUACACAAGGCCAGCUGUCUCUUCAGGGCCCCUAGCCCCACCCGACGUGGAACCCCUUCUUUAGCAUUUGGCUAGAGGCAGCUUCUUUGGUGUAGUUUUCUGUUUGUUUUUGUUUUUGUUUUUUUGGCCUCUUGCUGUGCUCCCGAGGCACUGUCAGUUUGAUGGCUUGACUCUGAAUUGACUCUUUUAGCAAGAGUAGGGUCUUUCUAGACAAACACCUGAGGAAGUUGGUCCUCUGCUGCACACAGCCUGAGCGCCCACAGGAGCCCUGAGUCAGAACCCUCCUGGCAUCUCCCGCUGUCAGCUUGGAGCCAGAUGACCCCUGGUGAGAAAACAGUCAGGCAAAUGGAAGCUUGACCAGAGCAGAUAGGCAAGGCUUGUGGAGAGUAAGCCUAAAUCCAGAUGCCCCAGGAGCAGACAUGCUCCUCUGUCCUUGCCUGUACCCGAAAUUCAUCCCGAAGAGACCCAUUAUCUCAGACUUGAAUGUGAGUGCUUGCUGGGAAGAAUGUGAUUCAGCCUGAUCAGCCCCACCCUGCCCUUACCAGUGGCAUCAUUUGUAAUGUGCUGCUGUCUGGGUCUGGGUCGGGAGAGGUAUGAGUCAGUUUAGCCCCGCCCAUCUCACCUCUCCAACCAUACCUAUGGGCAGGUGCUCACUGUCUGGUGUUCACCCUUGGAAGUCUUGGGUUAAGUGUGCUCUGUGAUCUGAAGGUGGAGCCCAGAGCCCGUCCUCAGGCUCUUUCAUCCGAAGAUUUCUCCCUCCCUUCAGUGUUAUGUCUUUGGGUACUACUGUUUUGCCUGAUCCUUCCAGGAAGUGCAGUGCUCCGAUCAUGUUUACAGCAUUCUUUAUCCCCUGUACACCUUGAGGGCUCUGGACACCGGUUUACUUUCUCUACUGGCCGGCCCCAGCCACCACUCCCACUGGGACACUGAGGCUUUCUCAGACCUGGUAUGGGAACCAGACAGAGUGGUAGGUCAUGGCAAUCAGGAAGGUGGUGCCAAGUCAGCUUUAGAAUUUCAUUUUCUAGAGAACAUUACAAAUCAGACACCAUUAGGGGAAAGCUCCUCUUUGAAAACUGUGGUCAAUACUUGAAGGCACUUUAAGUCCUGCUGGUUGCUCCAGCUUUUGUCUGGUCACUUUCUUCUUUUUCUGUGUACCUUGAGACAUUAAACUUGCUCAUAGGCAGUUAUCAGAAAAAGAAAGAAAGAAAGAAGUGGAAAAUGACCCUGGAAAGUUCCUGGUGUUUGUCCUGUUCUUUGGUUUAAAUCAAGGUGAUAUUGAAGAAGCUGUUUUGUUUUGUUAUGUUAUGUUUUGUUUUGUUUUGAAUGAACAGUAAAAUCCCAUGUCUGUAUUGUAAACUCUCAGUGGAUGUGCACAUCAAGGAACAGGAGAACUGCCUGGAAAGCCAGACAGUACUGCGAGUUCCGUGCCUACUCAGAUGUUCCAUUUCAGUAGGGGUCAGGAGGGUCAGCGUGAACAUGUGGGUCAUGUCAGAGCUUUUAAGGCUCAGUUGGGUUGUACACAUGGAUCUUGUGUUAAAUUUCCACUUCAAUAAAUGAAUUUUAUUUUUUAUUUUUGA